CAGUAAAAGUUGCUCUCAUUUAGCAUACCCAAGUACCUACUGGGCGUUCACCGCUUCCGCUAAUUUCGCCUAAAGUCAUGAGUGGUAGGGGACUUGUUACACGUGUUACAGGAUGCUCGUUGGCGGAGCCAGCGGCUAUGACAGGGGGGUCAUUGGUUACCGACGCUGCACUGCCAACCCACCAGGUCGCAUGCUCAAAUCUACCAACAGCCUGCGACCCGAUGGAUGCAACCUGAAAUUCAGCUUCUACACAUAUUAUAGGUAGCAAGGAUGACACGAUGCAUCACCCCGUUUACGAUGAUUUAUAGCGAUGUUGAUAAAAUCGUUAAACCGGCAUCUCAAAUCUGGAUAUGAGAAAUUUACAUUCUGGUCGAAGCGGCGAGGCUCAGAAGAAGAUACUGAAGAAUCUGAGGACGAUGACGCUGAAGACUCGGAAGAUGGUGAGGACGAGGAAGAGAGCGAGAGCGAGGAUGAUGAAACCGACAGCUUUGUGAGCGUCGAGGAGCCAUACCGGGCGCCAGCGUAUCCCUAUCGAGAACUGGAAGGCGACGAGAUUCGACUGCUUCGUAUAGUACCUGGGACAGGAGCCGUCGAGUGUCUUCUCCAUCAAAUCCCUCUGGCUGAGGUGAAGUUCUUCUACGCUUUAUCUUAUGUAUGGGGCGAUGCGACCGAGAAGAGAACCAUUUUUCUAGAGGGGCAGCCAUUUGAGGUUACCAGGAAUCUGUUUGAAGCUUUACAUCAGUUCAGACAACAACCAGGAGCUCCUAAACGGGAGCGACUGGACAUCGGCUAUCCAAAUGAUUAUUUCUGGGCUGAUGCUAUUUGCAUUAACCAGGCCGACUUGGAUGAAAGAGCGCGCCAGGUGCCACGUAUGAUUGAAAUAUACCAUGCCGGCCAUGUUGUCAUCUGGCUUGGCCACGUCAGGAAACGACGACCGCCGGAAAGCCGCCUCAAAAGACUUAUCCGGCGGGCCCCAAGGACCGAAUGGUCUCAAUCCGACUUAUUGCUAGAUAAUGGGAUCAAGACCUUGUUCAAGAAGACCAACUCAAUGUGGGAAGACUGGGAACCCAUAGAUGAGGACGACAAUGUGGUCUUAGAGGCCGAGUUUGGAGAUGAUUAUAACGGCAUCAUUACAGCAAUUGCCAAUGUUCUCAGAAGGCCAUGGUUUGAAAGAGUAUGGACCCUUCAAGAAUCUUGCUUGGAUACGUAUCCGAUAAUAUACAUCGGGCGCUAUACCGUACAUCUGGAAAAAUUGAUAAAAAUGUGGAAACUUCUCCUUGCGGAGCACAAUAAUCUGAUUACACACCCUGGGAGUUUUAGGUUGACUUCCCUGGAGCAAAUCGAUCGAUUAUAUAGGAGCGCUUUGUUUGAUUGGGACGGGAACCCGAAGAAGAUGAGCACAGCCGCGCUCCUCGCAACUUUAAUAAGAAUUACUGGCAGGAAGGGAUCUUCGGAGCCUCGAGAUCAGCUCUAUGGCCUUUUAGGUCUUGUCAAGUAUCUCGGGGACCAAGAGCUGCCAGAAGAAUUAACCCCAGAUUAUCGCUUACCAUAUGAGAGUGUAUAUUGGAAUUAUGCAGCAUUCAUAUUUGAAACGGCUGGAGAUCUGAAGCUACUGGACUGUGCCCGCAACGAGCUCCAGGACGUACCAUCAUGGGUCCCCGACUUUCGGUACUUCACAGUAUCACUUGAUGUGGGACAUCAGGUGUCCGCACGAGUAUCCCUCGACAAGAAGAUUUUACACCUACAAGGUUCUGUACUGGGAACAUUUCGCAAUUUCAUCAAUGGCAAAAACCUAGCGAGCCGUUUGCCCACCGGGAAGAAAAUACCGGUCGAAUUAUCAAGACGCCUAAGAGAGUUUGACGAGCGUAUCCUCGAACCGUCGGCGGCUGCUAGAGGAAUUACUAUCGAAGAGGCCUUCAACAGCAUGAUGGAAGACGCAACCAGAAUUGCCCCAGAACGUAACGGAAAGAGUGCCGACUCAUUCUAUCAAGUCUAUUGCUGUCUACGCGACUCGCGCUGGGCUAGGAGACCCCGCGGAGCUAGAAAAAGACGAACAUCCACCUUCCGUCAAAGGGAACAAGUCAUCGCGAGCCGAUUACAUCCCCCUUGUCUACUUCUUACUGACGGUACGAUACUUACUAUGGUCAGAGAGGACGCGCAAGUCAGAACUAGCGAUCUGUUGUGUAUAUUCAAAGGGGCCGUAAAGAUGAGCCUCCUGCGACCCUCUGGCGAUGACUAUAUGUUUAUAGGCCAGUGUCGGGUACAGGAUGGACCCAUGAAACAACAGGGAUUUGACGAUGACUUCUGGGCCGGAAGGGAACUACAGGAUUUCAAUUUGAUCUAACAACCAUUUGGUAUAUAUUUAUUUUGGUUAUCAUCUUCAUGGGGCUGGCGAUGUCUCGCAUACUGAAAUGGACACAUACUAGACGAUUCUUGGCGCAGGGGACAUGAUAGAAACGAGAUAUAUAUAGACUGUAGUUAGGGUUUACAUAGAGCAUAUGGCGUUGGUAUGGAUGAUAUGAAGCUACGACGUCACGAUGUUUAAAUCCA